ACGUCCCCUCCUUCCACAAACCAACCCCGCCCCGCCCAAGAACAGCGAUCGAGAUCGUCGUCGCCCCGCACGCCAGGCCAUCCCAGGACCAACCCAGCCCGCCAAGAUGAGGGAGAUCCUGCACAUCCAGGCCGGCCAAUGCGGCAACCAGAUCGGCGCCAAGUUCUGGGAGGUGAUCUGCGGCGAGCACGGCAUCGACCCAACCGGCCAGUACACCGGCACCGGCACCGCGCCGGAGCAGCUCGAGCGCAUGGACGUCUACUUCAACGAGGCGGGGGGCGGCCGCUACGUGCCACGCGCCGUCCUCGUCGACCUCGAGCCGGGCACCAUGGACUCGCUCCGCUCCGGCCCCAUCGGCAACAUCUUCCGCCCGGACAACUUCGUCUUCGGACAGUCAGGCGCCGGCAACAACUGGGCAAAGGGGCACUACACCGAGGGCGCCGAGCUCAUCGACUCCGUCCUCGACGUCGUGCGCAAGGAGGCCGAGAACUCCGACUGCCUCCAAGGUUUCCAAGUAUGCCACUCUCUAGGCGGUGGCACUGGUUCAGGCAUGGGCACUCUGCUCAUCUCCAAGAUCCGGGAGGAGUACCCUGACCGGAUGAUGCUCACCUUUUCCGUGUUCCCGUCCCCCAAGGUGUCCGACACGGUGGUCGAGCCCUACAACGCGACUCUGUCCGUGCACCAGCUGGUGGAGAACGCCGACGAGUGCAUGGUCCUCGACAACGAGGCCCUCUACGACAUCUGCUUCCGCACCCUCAAACUCACCAACCCGUCCUUUGGUGACCUGAACCACUUGAUCUCGGCGACGAUGAGCGGUGUGACGUGCUGCCUGAGGUUCCCGGGGCAGCUCAACUCGGACCUCCGGAAGCUUGCGGUGAACCUGAUCCCGUUCCCGCGGCUGCACUUCUUCAUGGUCGGCUUCGCGCCGCUCACCUCCAGGGGCUCGCAGCAGUACCGUGCCCUGACGGUGCCGGAGCUGACGCAGCAGAUGUGGGACGCCAAGAACAUGAUGUGCGCGGCAGACCCGCGGCAUGGCCGGUACCUGACGGCGUCCGCCAUGUUCCGGGGCAAGAUGAGCACCAAGGAGGUGGACGAGCAGAUGAUGAACGUGCAGAACAAGAACUCGUCCUACUUCGUGGAGUGGAUCCCCAACAACGUCAAGUCCAGCGUCUGCGACAUCCCGCCCGUGGGGCUCUCCAUGGCCUCCACCUUCGUCGGCAACUCCACCUCCAUCCAGGAGAUGUUCCGCAGGGUCAGCGAGCAGUUCACCGCCAUGUUCCGGCGCAAGGCUUUCCUCCACUGGUACACCAGCGAGGGCAUGGACGAGAUGGAGUUCACCGAGGCCGAGAGCAACAUGAACGACCUCGUCGCCGAGUACCAGCAGUACCAGGACGCCACCGCCGAGGAGGAGUACGACGAGGAGGGGGAGCACACCGCCGACGAAGCGUGAUCCAAGAUAUGCGUCGGUUUAUGCAACCCCAUCAAGUCGCUUUAUAUAUACCUCUGCAUGUGUACUUGUGUUGAUGUUGUCGUGUCUGCCGGACUGCUGCCUGUACGCUUGUGUGUUGGUGCUCGUUUCUGUUGCCGUCCUCCUCAUCUUUCACUUUUUAUUGUUAUUUCAGGCUACUUGAACUUGUUUGCUUAAGCACUUGGCAGUAC